AAAAGAGGAAGGAAAAGAUGCGGUUCAAGAUGGGAAGCGUCCUGCUGUCUCUUCUUUUCUGGUACAAAGCUGCCAUGGCCCUUUCCCCAGGAGAGGAUGAGAGACUGGAGCUGUGGCACAGCAAGGCUUGCAAAUGUGACUGCCAAGGAGGUCCUAACUCGGUGUGGUCCAGCAGGACUAACAGCUUAGAGUGCAUGCCAGAGUGCCCCUACCACAAGCCCCUGGGCUUCGAGUCUGGUGCCGUCACCCCAGACCAGAUAAGCUGCUCCAACCCUGAGCAGUACACGGGCUGGUACUCCUCCUGGACGGCCAACAAGGCCCGCCUCAAUGGUCAAGGCUUCGGGUGCGCGUGGCUCUCAAAGUACCAGGACAACGGGCAGUGGCUGCAGAUCGACCUGAAAGAGGUGAAGGUGAUCUCAGGGAUCCUCACGCAGGGUCGCUGUGACGCUGAUGAGUGGAUGACCAAGUACAGCAUGCAGUACCGCACCGAUGAAAACCUCAACUGGGUUUACUACAAGGAUCAGACUGGCAACAACCGGGUUUUCUAUGGCAACUCAGACCGCUCGUCCUCGGUGCAGAACCUGCUGCGGCCGCCCAUCGUGGCCCGCUACAUCCGCCUCAUCCCACUGGGCUGGCAUGUGCGCAUCGCCAUCCGCAUGGAGCUCCUCGAGUGCCUGGGCAAGUGUGGCUGAGUGCCGUUUCCUGGGGCAAAUAUGUAGGUGUCCGCCUGUGCAGCCAAUCCGCCUCGCACCAGCGCUGGCUGCGGCCACGGCCCUUCAGUGUGAAUGUCCAGCCAGCAAAGAGAAGGGCUGUCUUGAAUAAAAUGUUGUUUCACA